CCCGGUCGGGCAUCAAGACAAGCUUUGUUCUAUCUGCGUGUCCCGCGCGCCCUACUUCAAACAACAAAACAAAAUAACAAGCUGCCGUUCGUUGUUUUUGUUUCUCCCGCCCGCCCGCCCCCCCCCCUUCUUUCCUUAUUCAAAUUCAAAACAACAACCUCUUUUCACGAAGAAGAAGAGACCCUCGUCGUCCGUUCUAUAGCUCUUUAGUCAUAUCACGCGUCGUUCAUCAUCAUCAUCAUCAUCAUCAGACGUGAUAAUCUCAAGUUCAUCCGGUGUUGCGUCGACCGAAAUCCGGGGUUAUACGGAUCGUUAUCAUUAGACACCCGUGCCCGGGAGGGAGGGAGGAAGGAGAGAGAGACUUGAAAGGAGAGAAGGAGGAAGUCGUUUUCACCGGAGAAAUAUUUUUCUUUCGUUCGAUCAAAAUUCCCAUCACGCCGGGCUCGGCAUUUGAUAUAGCCCCCUGCCUUAUCUAUUCCUUAUUGGACAACGCCAUGCUACUCCCGUUCCUGCGGAUUUGUCACCACCUCAAAUCCAUCGCCACGUCCAUCAGUACCACCACCUCGCCAGCAACAGCAGUAGCCGAUGCAAAGUUAUUCCCAUUCCCGGAGUCGAUCCAUUGCUGACCGCCGAGCGCGUUCACCUUUUCCUUUUUUUUCUUUUUAUUUUGGUUGUUUGUUCGGGUUCUUCCCGAUUGAGUUUAUUUAAUAUUUUCCCGUUCACUCGGUUGACGUUCAACGACAGUGACGCAAAGUGAAGGCGAACUCCCGCGUGCAAUCGUCACGAAACAAAUUAUUAUUUUCUGUUUUUGUUUUUGAAUUGGUUGGAAUAUUUCCACCGGCGGCUGUUGAUUCGCCCGCCAUCGUAAAUCAAAAGGGCGUCCGCCUCUUAUCGACGAGUGUGUGGAUACACGCACAGCAGCAGCAGCAGCACAGCACUUAUUUCUUUACCAGACCUAAUCAUCGGUCGGUGUGGCUGUCGUUUUUAAUCACCAGACGCCGUCGCCGACGACAGUUUGACGCUCGUCGCAACUGCCCAAAAAUCAAACGAAUUUUUUCUCUCCCGUGUGCGUAGUGCGCGAGUUGUUUCAUUCACGCACUUACAUCAUCUCCUUGUGACAAUCUCUAGUGGACAAGAAAAAUAAAAAAUAAAGUUACUCCACCGUCUCGCCUCGGCGACAUUUUCCUAAUCGAAUUUCGGCUGGGAUUUUUAUGACUACGUUUCUUACAUCACAGACGAGAGAGAGAACCUCACUUAAUGUUUAAUCUUCUAAUAUGGAGCAUCCAGCAUUCAAGCCAUUGAUGAUCCGCCAGUCCAGCCUCACCCGCUUGGGCUCCAUGCUGAACACGGCCGUUGGAAACAGCAAAAAACCAGCUAAUGGCGAAAUUCAGUGGUGCUUCUCUCAAGUUAAAGGCACACUAGAUGAUGAAAUCACAGAAGCUGACAUCAUUUCCUGUGUCGAAUUCAAUCAUGAUGGGGAUUUGCUGGCCACUGGUGAUAAGGGUGGACGGGUUGUCAUCUUUCAGAGAGAUCCAGUGUCGAAAACAUCAGUACCUAAACGAGGAGAGUACAAUGUCUACAGUACUUUCCAGAGUCAUGAACCUGAGUUUGAUUACCUCAAGUCAUUGGAAAUUGAAGAAAAGAUCAACAAAAUCAGGUGGCUAAGACGGAAGAACCCAGCUCAUUUUCUCCUUUCAACCAAUGACAAGACAAUCAAACUCUGGAAAGUAUCUGAACGAGACAAGAGAGCAGAAGGUUACAAUCUGAAAGAUGAGGCAGGUGAAAUGAAGGACAGGGGAGUUCUAACAGGACUAAGGGUUCCAGUGUUAAAGCCAAUGGAACUAAUGGUUGAAGCAUCACCACGUCGCAUCUAUGCGAACGCACACACGUAUCACAUCAAUUCGAUCUCCGUCAACUCAGAUGCCGAAACGUAUUUAUCUGCUGACGAUUUGCGUAUCAAUCUGUGGCAUCUAGAUAUCACGGAUCAGAGUUUCAACAUAGUCGACAUAAAGCCGGCCAACAUGGAAGAGCUGACUGAAGUCAUCACGGCUGCCGAAUUCCAUCCGACCGACUGCAACCAUUUUGUGUACAGCUCCAGCAAGGGCCUCAUCAGACUCUGUGACAUGAGGAUGGCCGCUUUGUGCGACAGACACGCUAAACUGUUUGAAGAGGCGGAAGACCCAGCCAACCGCAGUUUCUUCUCUGAAAUUAUUUCUAGCAUUUCCGAUGUGAAGUUCUCCCGCUCUGGCCGUUACAUGCUAUCUCGAGAUUAUCUUAGUGUUAAAGUGUGGGACUUGCACAUGGAGACGAAACCGAUUGAGACAUAUCCAGUGCACGAGUACCUCCGUUCCAAACUCUGCUCACUCUACGAGAACGAUUGCAUCUUUGAUAAGUUCGAGUGUUGCUGGGGCAAUAACGACCAAGCCGUUUUGACGGGGUCGUAUAACAAUUUCUUUCGCAUGUUUGACCGUACUUCCAAACGCGAUGUCACAUUGGAGGCUUCGAGAGAAAUUGCCCGGCCCAAGACGACACUCAAAGCCAAGAAGAUUUGCUCGGGAGGCAAACGAAAAAAGGAUGAGGUCAGUGUCGACAGUCUGGAUUUCAACAAGAAAAUUCUCCACACGGCCUGGCACCCGACUGAGAACAUCAUUGCCGUCGCGGCCACCAACAACCUGUUCAUAUUCCAAGACAAGUUUUGAAGAAUUACGGGGGAAAGAAGGAGGAAAGAGUCCAGCCGGAAGUGUUCAGAGAUUAUUAAAAACGAGACUUAAAAAAAAAAAAAAAAAACUAAAUUGAAAGAACAAAAACAAAAAAAAAAACAAACAACAAAAACAAACAAAAUAACAAGUAAUAAUUUGAAAACAAAGAGAGGAGUUGGCUCGUCUUGUUUGUUGCCUGAGAAACGCUUCCGAAUGACAAUUCUUCAUUUUGUGUUCGAUGAUUGAUGGCGCAGUCGUGCCAGCAGCAAAAGAAUACUGUAAAGCAACACAGCCAAAUCGUUCAUCUUUUGCCAUUGGACGACUUUGCCCUCGUCAUGUCUUUCUUUUUGUUUGUUUUUUUUUUUCCUUUUUUUUUUUUUAAAUUUCGUGUCGGAACAAAAAUGGAAACGGCUGACUAUAGCGACUAUACACCUUUCCCGUCUUAAAUAACUUCUAAGGCUCUUCUUCUUCCACUUCGUCUUGAAACGCUGCGAUAGCGUCCGUCUAUGAAUGUUCUCCACGGCCCCUGAAAAACCUGACUGACCGACGGUCAAACUAUGUCAAUGGUCCCAAUUUUUCUUUAUCUUUUUUUCUUGCAGCGUGUCAAAAUGUUUUAUUUAUUUAUUUUGCCUCCCUCCAUUGGCCUAGAAUUCCGUCUCUCUUGCCCCCUCCCAGCUCUCGGCCAUUUUUGCUCCUUGCUCGAGUCGCUAUAGUCGAGCAAUCUACCACGCAGAUCUGACAGUUUCUUUCGUCGUAGGACAUCAUCGUCUUCCCCGAAGAGUUUAUAUCGAGAGUGAGGUUUAAAGCGAAUGUGAGAGAUCGUGAAUAGAUGUGAUCAAAAAGGCUACAAAUGGUUCAAUUCCCGCCCUGAUGCACGAGAUUUGAUUCUUCCCACGAGGCGUCCAUUUAAAGCCUAGUCAGCUCAAGAGACUUCUUUUUUUUUUUGUCUUCAGCGUGCGGUGGUUACGUGUUGGGAAAUGGGAGAUGGAAAUUGGAAUUUGCUAAAGGAGAAAGAGGAGCCAAGAUAUUAAUUUCACGAGGAAAAAAAAGAAAGAUAUCAAAACAAAAAGAGAGUGGCGAAUGCUAAUUGUGCUCGACUGUCAUGCCAAGAAAUUUUGCUUCAGUGCAUCCCUUUUACCGUGUUUUCUUCUACACUCCUUCCAACCUCUUUGUGUGAUUGGAGGGACUGUCCGAAACAUCGUUCAAGGUUCUUCUUUUAAAGAGCUGGAUUCGAGAGAACGUUCAUAACUGGAACAACAAAUCACGUCAUUUUCCGAUAUUGAAAUUCAGUUCCCUCCAUCAGACAAAAAUGUAUCCAUCACCUUUUUUUUUCUCUACCACACACCGGCACUUAACCUUUCGCCAUCUCCCCGCGGUGUUACACCGACAUGCCCUCGUGUAAUUUCCCCUUCACCCCCUCUUCGUCUUAUUUUUCCAAUUUCUUCAUUAUUAUUUUCUAGAAAUGGCCCCCAAUCCAUUUCUUUAUUGUAAUUUUUUCGAUAUUUAGAUUCACUUGAAAUCCAAUCUUGCGUUGAUGAAAUGAUUUUCUUCUUUUCACUUCUUCCCCUUCUUCCUCUCAUACGUGUGAAGUCGGCCACGUUGUACGUUGUACAGAUGUGUCUUUUUUUGGUAGCAUGUGGAACAAUACACUGACCUUUUAUGA